ACGACGAUCACAUCUGUGAGAAACUAAGUAAUAGCGUUGCAUCAUGAGGAGCUCUCAUUUGUGGGUACCAAUUAUCCUGCUGUCGGCACCACGAGUAGUUACGGGAUUGCAAACCAAUCCGCACCACCAGGCUUCACGGCGUGAAAUCCUUGGAGGAUUGGUUUCAGCAUGCGGGGCAGGGCUUGUCGUUGGUGGAGCGCCACAGCCGGCGCGGUCCGCCGCUGCCGUCCAAGACUCACUGGAUGUCGACGCAUUCUUGAGAAAAGGGGUGGAUACUGGAGGAACCAUGGGUGUGUCGAGCCAAGCUGGAAAGAGCCGGCCGGAAACGGGGGUUUUCCUGAGGGACGGAAGCGACGUUUCGAGAGACAAGAAAACCGGUGAUGUUAGUGCAGAAAUAGUUGUCAACGGAAGCAACGGCGAGAAAAUGGCCGUUUUUGUCAGCUAUAGCUCUCCAUGGCCACUUGGUAAGAACGAACGCGAAUGCGCUGCUUGGUCAUGUAAAUAAAACGAUAAUAUCUGUUAUGCACCGCUUCCUCUAUAUGAUCCCGAGCGUGCCUUUAUCGAGAAUCCAAGGAGGUAUCUCAAUUCUCUCCGUCCUCGACCUGCUUCUCAACGCAUCCAGCCGAGGGCCCCUUCUACGAUAUAGAGUGCCGGAAUCAAAAAACCAGCGACGGCGCAUUUGUGCAAGUGACAACGGAUGUUGGAGGGAAAACAGUAGCAAAUAUUGACAACGCCUUCAUCCUGGAAAAUCUUUUAGCCCCAAGUGGUCGGUUCUCCUUCUAUGGUCAACCCACAGAUGUUAAAAUCAAAAAGAGUACCACCGUCGGUGACUACAGGAUCAUUGAUCUCAGUUUUGCUACUUUGUCGCAAGCAACACAGACAGAGAUUCCUCGCAAAGCCCAACUUGUUGCAACUAUUCCAAAAGGUUCAUCGCAAGCUAUUGUCUUGGUUGGAAGUGCACCUGCCGCCAGAUGGAACAAAGGAUCGGACCAGCAGGUUUUCUCUACCAUCGAGUCCUUCCGGGCCAUUGCAGCUCCCAAAAGUUCUCUCAAACUUCGACGAAAGGAACGCAACACAUUUUCAAUAGAUGAGAAUGGUGAAUAAACUUAGAACAUGUAGAUGUGAAUCGAGUGGUGUGAAAGCUUUUUCACUCUUUAUGUGCUGGCACUACGGUAGUGUGUACUUCAGAGAUUACGACGUGUCUGCGCCUGCUUCUUUAUCUCUAGUUACUACAAGAUACUACUUUUGUAGUUCACUUUGCGGCCCGUACUGUAUGGCCCAUUAAUCUUGCAACUUAGAUCGGUGGAUCAGAUAUCAUUCAUCACACAAAUAAAUACUAUUAACAUCU